CGCUAACAAAUUUUCUGUGACUCCAUUUUGGGUCUUGACCACAGGAGGAUAUCUACAGAGCUGCACUGGAGAAACAUCAGCCAUGGAUGAUGAUGAUUACAAUUACAUGCUCUUCCUGAAGAAUAUGAAUACAACAGAGGACCCAAGCUACGUGGUCAGUGAACUUGUCCAUCUGUGUGCCAAAAAGACUGUUAACAUGUUUGGUGCAAAAUUGAUCCCAGUGUUCUACUAUAUUAAUUUCUUCCUGAGUUACCUUGGAAACGGCCUCCUCCUCCUCAUUAUCUUCAAGUAUGAGAAGCUCGCCACAGUCACAAACAUCUUCCUGCUGAAUCUGGUGCUUUCCAAUCUCCUUUUUGCCUCCAGUUUGCCUUUCUGGGCUACCUACCAUUUGUCUGAAUGGAUCUUUGGAGAAGCUCUAUGUAAAAUGGUCAGCAGUGCUUAUUUCAUCGGUUUCUACAGCUCUGUCCUCUUCCUCACUCUAAUGACAUUUGACCGAUACUUAGCUGUGGUGCAUGCACUUGCAGCUUGCAAGCGCAGGAAAAAAAAGUAUGCCAUAAUAUCGUCUAUCAUUGUUUGGUGCAUCAGUAUUUUAGCAAGUGUUAAAGAGUUGGUCCUUCGAAAUGUGUGGACGAGCCUGAUGCAAGGCAAAAUGUGUGAAGAAUCAGGAUUAUCAGGAACCAGUAUGAGAGUCUGGCGUUUGGUCAGUUACUAUCAACAGUUCAUGAUUUUCUUCCUCUUACCUCUGACAAUGAUCAUGUACUGCUACGCUAGGAUCACACUGAGGAUUCUCUCCACCCGGAUGAGGGAGAAGUGUCGAGCCAUAAAGCUAAUAUUUGUAAUCAUCUUCACAUUUUUUGUCUGCUGGACACCCUACAAUGUUGUAUGCCUUCUUCGAGCAAUUAAUAUUUCAGUUGGGGAAACUGAAAAGGAAGAAUCAUGUUCCACCAAACAAAACCUAGAUUAUGCAUAUUACUUGACCCGAAACAUUGCGUACUUGUAUUGUUCUAUUAGUCCAAUGUUUUACACAUUUCUAGGGAAAAAGUUCCAGAGUCAUUUCAACAAACUGGUGAUUCAAAAAAUUCCCUGCCUGUCCAGACACAUUAGCUUCAACAGCCAGAGCACCAGAAGCACCUCACAGAGAACACCUCAUUCUGUUUACGAAUACUGAGCUAACAUAAAAAUCCUGAUCUUUUAACAGAAUGUCAUCAUGACAUGAUACAAAAAAAAAUUCUUCUCUAAUAGCUUGACCAUUAUGAUAUGUUACAAAUUUAACUUCCCUUUUUCUCUGCAGAUCAUUCCAGACUGUAAGCCUUUAGAUUCCAUUUUGAAGAAAAUCUUUUGUUAUAUUUAGCCCCACAGCUAUGAGCUUCUCUUAUGUUUGAAAUCUGGUCAGUUUAAUUACUGUUGUGAAAAAAAAAAAACAUUGAAUGAUUCUGAACUUCUUCUUAUAAUGAUUUUAAAUAUACUGAUAUGUCUAUAAAGAUCAUUUUUAUGUAAAGUGUUUUCAAAUUGUGGUCAUCUGGGAACAAACUUAUAUGAAUGAUUUUUUUGCACCAUUGAGUGAAUGAAAGAUUUGACAACUGUUGCAUCAGACUGACUGCAGUCUGAACUGUUCAGAAAGGAAGCCUUGCAAUGACACAUCAGAACAAGAAGUAGCAGAGAAAAAUGAACACAGUAGCUAAGAUAUGUGAAGGUCCACUCUCAGUUUGUCACGCUGAAAUACCUUUGCAGCAUCGUCAUGUUUACCUGGCUGCAUCCUUCCUGACAUUAUUACUGAUACAGCAGUAUAUUUUUAUAGCCCUAAUACAGUUUAUGAAAUCUGAUUUUUCUGUGUUAAUUGUUACAGUAUUGCCUAAGUAGUCGUUGAUCGCAUUAGCUUACUUUUUAAAUUGUCAUCUUCUCUUUACAUUAUAAUUGCUCUGUGUAAAAGGUGGAAUAAUCAGUAAAAAUAAAUUCUUAACAUGUAUUACUUAACAGCAUUUAAAACUCAUAGAUAUAAAUUAUCUUCCAAAUGUCAAGUGCUUAUUUUCUGCAUUUAAUUUCUUUCAUGUAAACCUAAUGGAAAAAUAUUCUGUACCUUGUUUUAUUGAAUGUUAUGCUUGUGGAAAUGAAUUAUAAAGCUUCUCUUUUGUAAUUGGACCAUGGAUAUGUGUUUAAUACACAUCAACAUAAAACACAUAUGUCACACUGCAGUGCUGUGAUAAAAUUCAUUUAAAAAUAUUUUUUCUCUAGAUUCCAUUAAGUCAUGUGGUACACUGGACAUUAUUUUAAUGUCAAAUUUAAAUAAAUAAAUAAAUUUUAAUCCAAAGCAAGAGGUUUUUAUCAGGUGAAAAAUCUAUAUACAAAUCAUGUAAAGCAGCACAAAUACAGGAUGUGUUAGCAUGCAUUAAAAUCACAUGACAAUAGCAGGCCUUAUUCAGGAUAACAAUAAAGUGGAUUACAUAAAAGAGGUUCAACAUCUUGUGGACUGGUGUAGAAAAAAACAACCUGCACUAAGUUCCUGGAGGGUCACAUUACAGAAAACGUUGGCUGGACACCUCACAUCACUUCCCUGGAGAAUAGGCACAGUAGCACCUGCACUUUUUGAGAUGAAUGAUCCUCUCCACCUUCUACAGAGGAACCACUGAGAACCUGCUGACCAGAAGUAACUCCAUCUGGUCAAGGAACUGUAAGGUCUCUGCGAAGAGUGGUGACAACAGUGCAGAAGAUCACUGGGACUCCGUUCCCCCCUAUCCAGAACAUUACACACAUAUGCUGCUUAGCCAGAGCUAGUCAGAUCCUCUGUGAUUCCAUCCAUCCUCUCUAUGGUCUGUUCAUCCAGUUGGCAUCUGGCAGAAGAUUCAAUAGCAUCUGCUGUAAAACAUCCAGACUCAGAAAUAGUUGUGUCCCACUGGCCAUCAUUUUGAUAAACAAUCCCAUUACUAAGACUGUCUUAGAUUUCUUGAAAAUGCAUAGUCAGCAAUAUCUUGUUAUUUGUACAUUUGUGUAAUUAUAGGCACACUUGUGUUUUUGUGAGUGCUCUGGUGACAUUUCAUUGCCAAUUUCACUUAUGUGUAUUUGUGCCAUGACAAUAAAAUAGG